CCCCCCCCCCCCCCCCCCCCCCCCGAUCCCCGCCGCGGCCGAUGCGAUCCGCGCCGGCCCCGCGCCGCCGGACUCGACAGCGGACCGGCUGACGCGCCCCCCUCCGCUCCCGCGCCGCGCCGGAAUUUCGCCCGCCCGAAUUUCGAUGGGAUCCUUCCGACUCGCCGCGCUCACGGCGCUCCUCCUGGCCUUCGCCCUGCUCCCGGACCCCGCGGCGGCUAGGGUUUUGCAGGGCAAGAAGCCCGGCUCCGGCGAGGGAGCGCCUGUACCUGACGUAGCUACAGGUGGAUCUGAGAAGAGCGCCGCCUCGAAAGAACCGGGGCAACCAUCGACUCCGGUGGGGAAUCCUGAGACUGGUAAACAGCACCAGAAAACACCGCCGGCAGAAACAACGCAGACACCGCCACCGCCAGAAACAACGCAAACACCACCACCGCCGGAAACGACACAAACACCAAACGAUUCUCCUCCGCCACCAUCAGGUGUGCCGGAGAGUAAGGGGCAGAAAGGGGCUGAAGCGGAGGUCUCUGCACAGCCGGUGCCAGCGAAGAAUGGGCGCAACGAGAGCCCCCCUCCCGGAAGCCCUGAAUCAACUGGAGGAGGUUCGGGAAACAAGAAGCCCGCAACUGAAUCAAAAGAGGUGGCUGAGGAGUGUAAGGAUCCAGUGGACACAUGUUCAAUUGAAGGAUUGUCUGCUUGCCUUCAGGUGUCUAAGACAGCUUCAAUUGGACAAUUUUUUAUAGUCGAGAAUACUGGCCAGAAAACCGUAACCGUUGACGUCAAAGCAACAUCGGAUAUAAGUAUCAAGCAGACGUUGCCACCUCUCAAGAAGGGUGAAUCUAAAAGGGUUAACAUAAACUAUAGCAGUCCAAAUGGUGGAGAGGUUACGCUAAAUGUUGGAACUGAGCAUUGUGUCUUGCGCAUCAGGCAGCCAGUUUAUGAUUGGCAACAACAAUUUCAGCAGCUCACAUCUUAUGCAACGACUGUGAAGCCAAUCUAUGGAGCCUAUUUUGGUGUUUUCACGCUUGUCUUGGUUGGGGCCGUGUUUGCUUGUUGCAAGUUUGCAGGGACAAAGCGUGAUGGUGGGGUCCCAUAUCAGCAGCUUGAGAUGGGAUCUCAGGCUCCUGACUCAUCAGGUGCAAACAACACUACAAGCACAGGAGAUGGCUGGGAAGAUGGCUGGGAUGAUGACUGGGAUGACGAGGAAGCACCUGCAAAACCUUCAGAAAAAGGGUCUGCUGGAAGCAUCUCGGCAAAUGGCCUUUCUAUGAGAUCUCCAACUAAUAGAUCUCCAACCAAUAGCAAGGACGGAUGGGAUGUAGAUUGGGAUGACUAAGCUACAGCAUAAUGUUGAAGGACUUGUGCUUUCUUGUGAAACGAGAGAAGAUAAGUUCAUCUGAAUGGCUUGCAGCAAAUACAGUAUCCAACCUUAACCUGAAACUCGAUGGAUCCAUGCUUGACAAGGUGACCCUUAUCCUGGAAUAUCAAAGGCUUGCUUGUAUUAGUAUGGUUUGUACAAUAGCGUUCCACUAGUAAUUUUGUUUACGAGCUGAUCCACGAACUAGUGGUACAAAUUGCGCUGUUUUGGCUGUAAUACCAUAGCUCUAGUUACAUGACCAAACACACCCUCGCUAUUCUUUCGGAGAGUAUAUCAUUCUUUUUUCCCCAUA